AUGAUCGUCAAUGGUGCAUCAGAUAAAGUUUUAUGUCGUUGUUUUCCGAAUUAUUUAGACGGUCCUGCACUUGAUUGGUUGUGUGCUUCGCCUGCAGGUUCCAUUUCGCGCUUUCAUCAGCUGGCGAAGUUAUUCGAAGAACAUUUCGCCGAGUCUGCAAUAUACCUGCACGAUUCCGAUUACCUUAACACUAUCAAGCAAGGACCAAACAAAAGUUUAAAGGACUAUAUGACUCGAUUUACCAAGGUCGCAAUCAGCAUACCAGAUCUCCACCCCGAGGUCCAUCUCCACGCAAUUAAAAGCGGCCUUCGACCUGGGAAGUUCCAGGAAACGAUCGCAGUAGCAAAACCGAAGACUCUAGCAGAAUUUCGAGAAAAAGCAAAGGGACAAAUUGAUAUCGAGGAACUCCGACAAGCUCGAAAGUCUGACAAGUCACACUUCCGUGAAGAAGAUAAGAACUCAUCUAUUAAGAAAAAUUUUAAACUAACACCACGAUUUGAUUCUUACACGCAGUUUAACACAAAACGGGAGGACAUAAUCAAGGAAAUCUUGAACUCCAAACUAAUCAAGCCACCAAGAAAGGCCGGCACAUACCAAGAUACAAAGAAUGUAGACAAGUCAAAGUACUGCGCUUUCCACCAGAAACACGGCCAUAAUACAGAUGAUUGUGUGGUCGCCAAAGACCUUUUGGAACGACUAGCAAGACAAGGACACCUAGACAAAUACAUUGGGGGUCACAUCCAAAAGCGAGGACCUAGUUCCACACCAAACGAUCCCUCUGAACAACACCGAGGAAGAGAGAAGGCAUCUUCAAGCCAAUAUGAACGGCCACGAGGUAUAAUCAAUUGUAUUUCAGGAGGAUACGCAAGUGGAGGAUACUCAAGCUCGGCAAGGAAAAGAUCGUUCAGAUCAAUAUGCUCGGUAGACGGACCGGAACAACAUGUACCAAUCACUAAUCCACAACCGGAAGUCACUUUCACACAUGCCGACUUUAACACCAACAUACAAAAUUUGGACGACCCUGUGGUAAUCACCCUCCAGCUAGGAGACCUGUUAGUGAAAAAGGUGCUCCUGGAUCCCGGGAGUAGCGCCGAUGUUCUGUUUUACUCCACAUUUCAAAAGAUGAAGCUCAGCGACAACGUGCUACAGUCCACAGGAGGAGACUUGGUCGGCUUCUCAGGAGAACGAGUCCCAAUACUCGGAUCAGUGUGGUUACAGACCACAACUGGGACGACCAGGUUGCAACAAUACAUGGCGACCAUAAAGAGGCACGGCGUUGUUACAACAUCAGCAUGA